GGAGACCUGUUCAAAAACAGCAUGUUGUGGAUCUGCUGUACUCUCUUAAUUGCUUUCGCUUAUGGGCAAGAGCUUUCAGGGUCAUCUGCACCACCAGAACUGCAGAGAGAUAAAGAAUUGGCAACAAAUUCUUCAAGCAAUACAACAUCAUCCCUGGAGAUAACAACAGAUUAUUUAAUUGAGGAUUAUGCUGAUUUUGAUAUAAAAAAUGAUACAGUAACAGAAUCAUCAAGAGCAGAAAUCUCUCUGUCAACGUUUCCACCACCAACAGAUUAUGUUACAGAUGAUUAUCUAAACUUUGGUACAGAAAACAGUGCAGGGACCACAUCAUCAAAUGAAGAAUAUAACCAAUCAACAAUUCAUCCACCACCAACAGAAGACAAUGCAAGGACCACAUCAUCAAAUGCAGAAAAUAGUCCAUCAACAAUUCUUCCACUACCAACAGUUACAUCAUCUUCAACAUCAAAGCAAAAUACAUCAACAGAAUCAUCUCCAACUUCAACAAUUUUGUCCUCAAAAACUAAAGGAAUGAUCAACAAAAUGAAUACAGCACUAACUCAAAAGUCAGAUCAAAGUGCAUUGUCAGAACCAUCCACAACUCUGUCUCCUUCAACGAGCCCAACAUUGGGUAAAAUAACAGAUGUGCAAAACAUAACUAAUUCCAAGACAAACGCAUCUUUCACAACAAGACCUCAGAUGUUGAACACAAUAUCAUCAACCAUGAUCCAGACCAGCGGCGGAAUAAAUACCAGCCAAACAACAGAAGUUACCACAACUUUAUGUCCUAUAUUCACUUUACAAGACCUUGGAGUCAUCUCAGCAGAAAACAUCAAAAACACAAGUUUUACCUUGAACUGGUCAGACAAUACCUUUGAAAUAUGUGGAGUCUACAACAUUGAGAAAUCAGUUGGAAUUGGAUAUUUGCUCUGUACUUUCAACUUUCACAACAACACAUGUAGCUUGUUUGAUCUAAGCCCAGGUCAAACCUACACAGUCAAUGUUCACUUCAUCAGCAAAACCAGUGCAACUCUGACAAGAUCGUUGAACGUUACUACAGAUUCAGAUGAAUGUAGCAAUGGAGAAAGUCGAUGUGAACAGAUCUGCAUUGAGCGUUAUAAGUUUGAAGAUAGUCGAGGUUAUGAAUGCAAUUGCCAGAGAGGAUUCGUAUUAAGUUCGGACAGAGAAACUUGCACAGCUCUUGAUUCCUGCACACUAAAUUGUACAAAUGGAGAAUGUUUCAUUGACCCAGUCUCUGAACAGCCCACAUGUUACUGUGACAUUGGAUACAUUUUAGAUGAAACAGGCAGAGUCUGCAAUGAUAUUGAUGAAUGCUUAAGCCUACCAUGUUGGAAUGAAGCCACCUGUGUAGAUUCCAUUAAUGCCUUUUCCUGUAACUGUUUGCCUGGCUAUACUGGUAAACUCUGCGAACAAGUGAUAAACAACUGUGCUAGCAAGCCAUGCCAAAGUAAUGGAUUCUGCCAGAAUCUCAUUAAUGACUACCAUUGCUGGUGUUUUGACAAUUGGGAAGGCAAAGACUGCAAUGAAGAUGUUGAUGAGUGUUCACGAGGUACGCACAGAUGUGAUCAGAAUGCUGGAAUAUGUGACAAUGUAUUCGGAUCCUACAUAUGCUCCUGCAAGGAAGGAUAUGAAAGUGAUGGCUUCAUCUGUAAAGAGAAAAGAUUGUUUCAGUAUGGACAAGAUUGUGGAGAUAUAGAACUUGUUGGGGAAAGUCGAGAUUUCAACUCUCCAAUUAUUAACAUUCCACAGGGCUUUCCCUUUGAUGAUGCAUUUUACUACAGAUUAUAUUUUUCAGAUAAUGGACUGAUUACAUUUCAAAGACACAAUGAUUAUCUGCAGUAUAUGUACUCAACUCCAUUCUGGGCAUUCAGUAAAUACUUUUAUUGGCGAACUCCACCAAUGAUUGCUGUUUUUUGGGAUGAUGCUGACCUAACAAGAGGAUUAGGAUCUAUUUACUAUCAGGUGUAUGAUUUCCAAAACAAAACUGAUGCUCACAGUCAAACUUUUCAGAGAGAGAUUGAGGAACAUGUCAACAAUUACUAUGGGUCAGAACUGAACAUUACAAGCUUCUCACCUAAAUGGGCACUGAAGAUCACUUGGGAAAACGUCCUUCCAUACACUGGAUAUCAAAACUCAGAUCCUAAUGGUACCAAUACUUACCAAGCAGUCCUAACAACUGAUGGUAUAUUUUCCUUCUGUUUAAUUCAAUUCAAAGAUGGUGGAAUGAACUGGAAAUAUGACAUAAGGCCUUACUACAGAAACUAUGCUCUCAUGGGCUAUUAUAGUGGAUCACUGCGAUCAUAUCUUAAUUCGGACAUGAGUCUAGUCUUUAAUGACCCUCAGACCAGAUUUAAUGUACCACCUGAAAAGAUCUAUCACCCAGAUAGGUACCCUGGGUUUAAAACAGGUAGAAAUGGACGUUGGGCCUACCGUCUUGAAAGAAAUAACAUUUCAAUAAUAAACCCAAGACAAAAAUGCAUGGAUUGGUAUUUAAGGGAACCUGAACCUUAUUGGAGCAAUGACACAUCCCCUUGUCCCUGUACAUUUUGGCAAGCUAUCUUUGAUCGUGCCUUUAUAUGGGGAAAUAGUAUAUAUUAUUAUGGGUUUGGUGUUAAAGACAUUCAAGCAUCAUACCUCACAAUGCAAAGUAGAUUCCCCAGCCAGCAAGGUUCUGGAAUGCGAUGCUACUAUUCAUGGAAUGGUGCUUUAAUCCACGGUGAAAAAGAAACUUUCCUGCCAGCACCAUGGAUUUAUUUUGACUGGUGGACUUGGUGGCAGAAGGGUUACACAUAUUAUAUGGAGAAAUGGAACGAUUUUUGGUACAAUGUCUUACCACCAUUGAGAAAGCAAUACAAAGAAACGGAAGUUGAUCCUUACCAUGACUGUUGCAGAGACUCUGGUGAUGAUUAUUUCUGUAAUCUUUACCACACAAAGAGACCGAAGGACCACUGCAUUGGAUACAUUCCUCCACGGAUAGGUUUUUUCUUUGGCGAUCCCCACGUGGUGACCCUGGAUAGUGUAAAAUACACCUUCAAUGGUCUGGGAGAAUUUAUUGUAUUAAAUGUAAUAGACGAUAAUGGCGCAUUGACAUUUACCUUGCAUGGACGAACCCUCAGAGCUGGCGUGAAUAGAACAUCACAGGCAACAAGCUUUGUAGCAUUGGCAGCACGGGGACCAAGUGGAACAAAGGUUCAGUGGAAUCUCAAUGAUGAUGAUGAAAUAAGUGUGAUGGUUGAUGGUAGCAUUUUCGAAGUUACAGAAAAUUCUACCUAUAUAAAGCAAGUAACCUUACAAAAGACAAGCAACAAUGAAACAGUGGCCACUUUUGAAGGAGGAGCAUCCAUUACUGUUUCAGGAAUGAAGGGGGCUUUGGCAUUCACUACAACAUUAGAUAAUUCUUUAAAAAAUAAAACAGAAGGACUCUUGGGUGUCUGGAAUGAUGAUAAAACAGAUGAUUUUAAAGCCUCUGAUGGAACAUAUCUUGACUUUGAUGGAACAAUUCUGCCCAAUGAAACUCAGAUAUUCUUUAAUUUUGGCAUGACUUGGAAAACAUCUCCAAACAACAGCAUAUUUACAUACAACACCACUGCUGGAGAGUCUUGGUACACAUACAACAAUAAUAGUUUUGUACCUUUGUUUUAUGAUGAGCUUUUGCGAACAGCUGAAAAGGAGAAAAUUGACAAAGCUAAUGAAACAUGUCAAGGAAACGAUGACUGCAUUUUUGACGUUUUAAGUACAGAUGAUUUAUCUUUUGGAGCAGUAACAUUACAAAGUGUGACAACAUUUACAGCACAGAACAGCACAAUGAAUAAUUUCCCACCUAAUAUCUCCGGAAGUUCAACCAUUCAAACUCGCCUCAAUGAACCAGUGUUUGUUCUUUUUACUGCAACUGAUAGCAAUAAUGAUGAGGUGACAUUUUCCGUGGCAACUAACUCUCCAGAUAUCACAAUCACAGAAAAUGGAAACUUUUCUUGGAAUCCAACAAGCUCCAUCCCAGUGUUUGCCAUAAUACAAGCAAAUGAUUCUAAAGCUGUUUCUGUGUUAGGAUUAACACUUGUGUUGUGCAACUGUAGUAUCAAUUCAACCUGUGAUUAUUCCAGAUCGAUUUUAAGCACAACAACAAACAAUACUGUUUUUAAGGUUGCAGGAUGUCGCUGUACCACUGCCUACACGGGUGAUUACUGCACUGAGGAUUUUGAUGCUUGUCAAGAUAACCAAUGCUUCUUGAAUGACACUUGCAAAGACCAGCCUGCACCACUGGAGGGCUACACCUGUGAUCCCUGUCCAGAUAACUUAAAAGGAGAUGGGAUAAAAUGUUUUGACUUAGAUGAGUGUUUGGAAAACAUAUCCUCCUGUGAACAGAUCUGCACCAAUGUGUUUGGAGGAUACAACUGCAGCUGCAAUGAGGGCUAUGCAGUAAGCACACUCAACAGCUCCUUGUGUACUGACAUCGAUGAGUGCAGUGAUACUUCUACAUGUCCAGAAAAUGCUGACUGUCACAAUGUAAUAGGAAGCUACACAUGUGUGUGCAAGUCUGGAUAUGAAGGAGAUCCGUACAAAUUCUGCAUUGAUAUAAAUGAAUGUCUUGCCUACAAUGCCUGUCCAGCUCGGAAUUCGAUUUGUACUAAUACCAAUGGCUCUUACACAUGUAAUUGCUCAGCAGGAUACGAAGGAUCCAAUUGCUCAGUUAUCAAUGAGUGUAACUCAUGCUCACCAUAUUCACAAUGUACCUUUGAUGGACAAAGCUAUAACUGUACUUGCAAACCAGGAUUUUCAGGGAAUGGUACCACCUGCAUUCCAUUGCCAAGUCCAUGUGGCUCUUCCCAAUGCUCUCCAUCAUUCUGCAAAAAUGGAGGAACCUGUGUACCCAACCCUGAUGAUGGCUGCAAACCUUUCUGCCAGUGUCCACGUCAGUACGGAGGGGAGCAGUGCACACUUGCAAGUCUGCAGUUUGUUGCAGAACCAUUAUCAACUAUGCCAAAGAGAUCAGUCAAUAUUACAUUGAGGCUACAGGGAAUCAAUGUGACUGUCUUAAGUAACAGAAGCAGCAUAGAUUACAUCUCCCUGACUAAUAGCACUUCAGUAAAGGUUUUUGGAAUUUUGUCCAGCUUGCAAAGAUUUGCUGACAAUUCAGAGCCAGUUUUCUGGUCACAUGGAGAAACAGUAACCGCUGCUGUUGUGACAUUGUUCAAUUAUAACGGAAACAAAGUGGUGAUUGAUUUCCUGAAUGAUGGAUUAUAUGCUGCAAUUCAGAACGCCUUCAAUAAUUUACAACGGUUUACUCGUGCCCUGACUCCCGACGCUAUUUCUUUUGAAUAUUUAAAUAGGACCGACAUUAAAGAUAUCAGUAGAUUAUCAUAUAAUGAUUUGUUGAAUCAUUUAAGCUGCAAUGACACGGAAUUUACUGGCUAUGUGCUUCAAUGGAAUGAUGAAAGUGGAGUGAUUUGCAGAUCCCCCUGUGAUUUGAAUUAUUGCCUGAAUGAGGCGGAGUGUCAGCAUCUGACAACUGGACCAAUGUGCAAAUGUGUUCCAUGGGCAAUAUAUUCCAGUCAUGGUGAUCGCUGUGAACACUUAUCCGUGAAGCUUGGAGCAUUUUUUGGCAUUCUGUUUGGAGCUUUGGGGCUCUUGCUGAUCAUAUCCUUGUUUGUUAUCUGGAAAUGCAAAUCACCUAAAAAAGGAAGACUCAUAAAUGAGAGUGACAGUACUGCAAGUGGUGAAAAUUAUGGAAGAUACUAUUCACAACCAAAUAUAUAGUAAACAAAACAACAGAAAGUUCUACACCUAGUACUGUAUUCUGUAACUCCAUGACCUUAUGCACAAAAGGAAUGCUGUUGGAAAUGAAGAUUACAACAAUAUACCCUGCUUCUAUGACUAAUUCUUUAAAACACAGGAUUUCUUCUAAUGAUAUACUGAAAUUGGAACUAUUGUAUCAAUUAUAUGCAAACCAAAUUUUCUUUUUAGAAAAUCAAUAAAAGGUCACUGAAAAUGAAUAUUCUUAAACCAAUGUAACAAUGAGGAAUUCAACUGAAAGCAUUUAGCUAAAAUAAUACACUUGAACAAAGAAAAAAUUCACACUUAUAUAAUUGCUAUUUUUUUUCAGUUAUUUGUAUUAAAAUCAAAAAAAUUUCACAAUUUUUCUUGGCAAUGUUUGUGUAAAAUUGCUAAGCCAUAUGAACAUGUAAUCAAAUUAAAUGCAAAUGUAAUAUAUUCACACACAACUCUUGGUAAGAAAGAUCAGUUCAAUGUUCAAGGAUCCUUUAACAAAGCGAAAUGGAAUUUAUUUUUAUGAAGGGGCUUAGAGGAGUUCUUUUGAUAUGUUUGAAAUCAAAUC